AUGGCCAUACACGCGCUCCUCAUCUUCAACAACAAGGGACAACCUCGACUCGUCUCCAUCUACGCUCCUCUCUCUACGCAAAUUCAAGUAGCGCUAGUAUCUCGAAUCAAGACUCGUAUAUUCGAUCGACCGUCCAGUCUGAGCGUGGGAGCAGGCCGGAGCAAUAGGGCUAGAGCUUCUACUUCGAGCGCAAGUGGCACUCUCACAAACGCAGAGCUAGGCACCGAAGAGUAUGCCGAGUCCAACUUUUUGGACGGGAGCGAAUUUGCGCCGGUGUUUUUGUAUGCUAGCGGAAGUAAGGGCAAAGCGAGGCGGAAGGAAGAGGCGGAUGAUGGAGCAGCAGCAGCAGCAGCAGAAAUGGGAGAUCAUAUCGGCGCUACAAAGGGAAGAGUAGAAGGCGAUCAGGAGGAGGAAGAGCAAGAGAGAUUAGGAAGAGGUUGGAAAAUCGUCUGGAGAAAUUAUGCGACGCUUUACUUUGCGUGUAUUGUGGACGAGAGCGAGAGUCCGUUGGGUAUAUUGGACUUGAUACAGGUGAGGCUGGUAUGCUGA